ACAGCACCACCACCACCCCAGCAAUGACGGGCUCAAAGGGGAAAUGUGUCUUCUUAUCUGCAUGGGAGAACAGGACGACAUUAACCCAGCUCCUGGAAGAUGACAAGAAGGUGCUAUUUGCAACAGAUGUAUAAAGGCCUUCCUCUUACUCGAGAGGAAGAGGAUGGGCAGACAGCAGAUUUACAGACCCUGUUUACAAGGGAUUGCUGACCUCUUCCAGGACCUGAGAGUUCUCAGAAAAACCUGUUGUGCAACACAGAUAUGUGAUCCUGCUGCACGUUCUUUAAUCAGUAACUGGACAAAACUGGAACAUUGGAAGCUGUUCCUGGCACAGCCCUCUGCAUCGGCUUAUCGACUGGAGCACAAGCAGUCCUUUCUCCUGGAUCUUAUUCCCAAAGAUCUGGAAAUGGAAAAGACAGAGAAUCAAGAAUCUGACCAUUUCCCGGUGUGCAACAGGAAAACUGGCGAAGACUCCGGCCUCAGGUCCAAACUAUUCCGCUGGAUACCAGUGGAUUACAGAGAUGAACUGUACCAACUUCUGCGGCUGACUGGGCCCUUGCUGGCAUCUCGGCUUAUGAAUUUCUUGUUGCCUUUCACCAUCACUAUUUUCUGUGGUCACCUGGGGAACAUGGAGCUGGCCGGCUACGCUCUGGCUUCAGCGGUUAUUAAUGUCACAACAGCUGCAACCGGAUUUGGGCUAGCGUUGGCCUGUGACACGCUGGUGUCUCAGACUUUCGGGGGCAAGAAUCUGAAUCGCGUUGGCGAGAUCCUGCAGAGGAGCAUUCUCAUUCUGCUGCUCUUCUGCCUGCCCUGCUGGGCCACUCUCAUCAACUCCGAGACCAUCCUGCUGGCCUUGUACCAGGAGGCGGAAGUGGCCAGGAUAGCUCAGCUGUAUGUGGUUGCGUUUCUACCUGCUGUUCCUGCCAUGUUUCUUCACCAGCUGCAGGUGGCUUACCUGCAGAACCAGGGUAUAAUCUGGCCACAAUUGUAUACAGCUGUUGCUGCGAAUGUCAUCAACGUGGCAGUGAACUACGUCCUGCUGUUCCAGAUGCAUCUGGGAGUGAAAGGGUCUGCAGCAGCUAACAGCAUAUCUCAGAUUGCCAUCUGUGUGCUUUUGUACGCUUUCAUUCGCUGGAAGAAGCUACAUGUGAAAACCUGGGGAGGCUGGUCCACGGCAUCUCUUCAGGAAUGGGGCUCCUUCAUGCAACUGGCCAUUCCCAGCACCCUUAUGCUGUGCUUUGAAUGGUGGAUCUAUGAGAUCGGAGGAUUCCUUGCAGGCAUGCUGGGGGAGAUCGACCUCGGGGUGCAACAUGUGGUCCUGGAGCUGGGAGCGAUCACCUACAUGUUUCCCCUGGGCAUCAACGCGGCCACCUGCGUGCGAGUGGGGAACGCCCUGGGGGCGGGAGAGAUCGACAAGGCCAUCAUGACCAGCAAAGUGUCACUCGUCUUAGCAGCAUUGCUGGCUGUUGUCCUGGGGGCUGUAGUGGGUUCUACCAAGUCUGUGAUUGGUUACAUCUUCACCUCUGAUGAGAUGAUUGUGCAGAUGGUGUCCGAGGUGAUGAAUGUGUACAUUCCCCUGCAGUUCUUUGAUGCUCUUGUGUGUGUCGCUUUAGGCAUCAUCCUGGGAGCAGGCAAGCAGAAAAUUGCUGCAGUCUCUAAUCUGAUUGGGUAUUACUGCAUUGGGCUCCCCCUGGGCAUCUCUUUAAUGUUUGCAGCAAAGCUAAGAGUCUUUGGUCUGUGGCUGGGUUUGCUGAUCUGCGUCUUUCUGCAGACUACCUUCUUCAUCGCCCUCAUCCUGAAGAUGAACUGGAAGCAAGUGAUGGAGGAGGCCCAAGUGCGUGCUGGGAAGACUGUGCGUGUGACACGCGUGGGGAUGAAGCCACCUAUUGGAGAGGCUCUGACAGACGGCCUGUCCACAGAGAGCUCAGGACACACUUCAGAGCAGAAAACUGUCCCCAGAGAGCCCGGCGGCAGCAGGAUCUGCACAUACACAGCCGUAAGGACAGAGGAGCGUGGGGGGCUGGCGCUGGAGGUCACAGGGGACCCUGAAGGGGACACUAGGGAAGAGGAGGUGAACCCCAGGGGCCUCCUCUCUCUCAGCCAGCUGGUCUGGCGCCGGGGACUGGUUCUACUGGCUGGACUGGGCAUCUUGGCCAUUGGCAUCAUCAUGCACCUCAUCUUCCCCCCAGACGUCCUGGCUCAGGCACGGGGCAAUUUCUCUGUCUCUCUGGAGGCGAGCAACCUCUCCAGCCCACUGCCAUGGGACAACUUCACCACCCUGUCCUGAGCUGCAUUCAUACGACAGGGAGGGGGGACUUCAUUGCUGGUUACAGCUUCUCCCUGGUGUUCUAAAUCGUCAGAUCUUUCCAGCUCAGCCCUGCCCAGUGGACUGACAGACUGUUGCUCACAAGAACAACUAGUGAGACAUGCGCUUUGCUUGUCCUUUUCCCAUGACUGUUUUGGGACUGAGCCGUUAGGACCAUUUUGUUACAGCAGCUGAAAUUCUCUUCACCUUGUGCAACAGACUCACAGUGACACAAAGGAAGGACAUUGCUGUGUCCUCUCAUUCAGUUGCUCUGUCAUUGUCACAGUUACAGUUUCUUUCGUAUCUUUAUCAAGCAACCAUAACUGCUGUUGAAAUGUGUGUUGUGUUUUUUUUUAAUUAAAGCUCUUUUCCUGUUC